AUGGCCCUUUUUAUAAGAAAUUUCAGAAAAUUCCUCCGAAGGGAAAAUCAGAAGGUUAAAAAUUCUGAAAGAGGCAGGAGCACCGAUAGACGACAGGCAAGUAGAUGCUUCAAGUCUGAUAAAACUGAUCACGUUAUCAAAGACUGCCCACAAUGGGAAAUAAAAUGGAAGAAUAGAAGGGUAGAGAAGGAGAAAGAAGAAGCAAGCAAGAACAAGGAGACAAUCAAGGCUAUGAGUGAAGAAAGCAGAGUCAAAACGGAGAAAGAAAAUCAACUACUGAAAGAACAGGUUGCUCAACUUGGUUCAUCCAAUUUGGGUCUUCAAUCUGAAGUUCUAAAGCUGACACUCAGAUCAGGAAUGCAUGACACAAAUAAUGAUCAACUGGAGGCAGAGUCUGGAUUAAAAAGUGUUAGAAGAAAGCUGCAAUUAGAAAGAGAUAAAUCCAAAGAUAUUAGCUCAAAACUGCUUAAAACAGAAAACAAACUUAAAAGAGAAAAUCGAUGGACUUAG